GUCUUCUUGCCUUUGUCCGUUGGCUUCUGCUUGUGUGGGUGUGAAUUCUCGACUUUUCUGGUAAGAAACAACCAUGAUUUCAUCCUUUUAGCUUUGAUUAAGUUGGGUUCCUUUAAUUUUGGGUAAAUCCCGUGAGUUCCUGCAGAAUUUCCCCCAAAUUGUCGCCGGCCUCUUCCCCCUGCCAUGUCCGGUUCUGCAGCUGGAAAAUUUCUGGUUUUGAUCGUUCUGUCACCGUAGCACUUGGGUUAGCCUUCUGUUCUGUGCGAGUGAGGUAAGUAAAUUAUGGUAAAGCCCUUUGAUUUUAAAGCAUGUUUUAAACUGUUUUUGAGAUGGUGGCAAGCUUUAAAUUGAUUUUAUCGGCAUUUGAGUGUGAUUAAACUGGAAUGCAAAUUGUGAUGGGUUUUAUGGGAAAUUUCCUUGUUUUUCUGAAAUUGAGCAUGAUUGGAAUGAAAAUGAGGAUUUUAUUGAUUUUCUGGAAUUGAGCAUGAUUGGAAUGAAAAUGAGGAUUUUAUUGAUUUUCUGGAAAUGAGCAUGAUUGAGAAAUGAAAAUGAGAAUUUCAUUGUUUUUUUGGAAUAGAGCAUGCCUAUUUGGUAAUUGACGGAACUGUUUUGAUGAACUGAGAGUUUGCAAAUUCUGAGUUUUCUGUUAAAUCCAUGGUCACAUGGAAAUUUUCUGGUUUGUUUCUGAGAUUUGAGAUUGAUUGUGAAUUAUGGAUUUUUGGAAAUCUUGCAUGGUUUUGUCUCGGAUAUAGUCAUGAUUACUGACGCCCGCUAGUGGGAGCUGUAAACGCUAGCACAUGUCGACAUUUAUUUCUGUGGAACCGGUUCACCCUGCCUAUGGGGUUAAACACUGGCACUAUUACUGACGCCUGCCAGUGGGAGUUGUAAACACUGGCACUAUUACUGACGCCUGCCAGUGGGAGUUGUAAACACUGGCACUAUUACUGACGCCUACCAGUGGGAGUUUGUAAACACUGGUACCAUUACUGAUGCCUACCAGUGGGAGUUGUAAACACUGGCCAUGACUUAUAGAUGAGACUACUGAACUGAAUUUUCUUCUGCAUGGACGGGUUGUCUUUGAAUGCUUUACAAUUGAACUGAAUCUGAUUUUGUCACUAAGCGUUUUGGUUAUAUUAAACUGUUUAUCUGGCAUGCUAAAGUUUUACCAAGGGCUAUCCAUAAUUACUUACUGAGUUAUCUCAUAGUUUUCCUUGUCCACCAUUUCAAGAAGCGAUACUGAGGAUGGGGGAAACCGAGGGGAGUGACGAGAUAGAAGGCUAGUCACCUGGAAUUUGAUAUAGAUUUUAGAUACAGAUUAUGAUCCUGUAAGCUAGAGUGUAUUUGGAGAUUUUAUGAUGUCAGAGCAGAUUGUAAAAAUUUUAUCUUGAGAUUUGGUGGUAUCAGAUUGUGAAUUGGAUAAGUUUCGAGCCUUGUGCAUUCGUGGGACCCAUCUCACGAGUGCACGACGUCUGUCGCGUCUCCGGAUUUGGGUUCUA